AUGAACAUGCACUUAGGAACACAUAACGUCAAGGAGUUUUGGACUACCGUGUGGAAGACGCAGAACACUGGAUGGAAGCUGGGGGAGCGAAGCGCUCCCUUCACACGCAUUCUGUUUGCCUUCUUGAAUGGCGCGGGUAUCCUCUCCGCAGAGGAGCUCAAAAAGGAUCCGUAUGAUGCCGUUUUGUGCUUCCUUGCGGGAAAAACGGUUUUCGCCCCGCUUUGUGGCGACUCGGCAAUUAUAUCUUACAUGGUUGGUUGUCGGGUGAAGCAUGUUGUUGGUGUCGACUUGAGCGAGCAGGCACUGAGUCUACAGUGCCAGGUCAACUUUCCAAAUGUACCGUUUCAAACGACGCGACUGGAUCCCGUUGAGGGGACCGCAGGAGAUUUUGUGGUGCACGAGGCCAGCGUGGGGGAUAGCCGCGUUACUCUUUUUCAGGGAGAUCUUAUGCAGUUGCCUUGUUUCAAGGCAUACAGCGAGCUGAAGGUGGAGUUCAUGUACGACCGCGCCUCUAUGAUGGCGAUCCCUCCCGAUAUUCGUGGCGCGUAUGUGCAGGCAGUGACAAGGGUUUUCCGUGCAAAUACGACGGUUGCGUACGAGCGGAUGGUGCGUGUUUUGCCAGAAGAGCGUCACUGGGGUCCGCCCUUCAUGGUGGACAUGGAUGAGGUGCUGCAAAUGUAUCGGGAAUCUACAGGACGAGAGUACAGGGCGACGCGCGUCUUGGCUGAUGAGGUGGAGGGCACCCUUUGCCCCGAGUGGUACGCGAUUGUGCCGCACAAUUAG